AUGACUUAUGUGUCAUGCUUUUAUCAUGCAUUCCGCGGUGGCCAUCAGGCAGAAACGGCAGCUCAUCGUAUAAGUCGGGUGCUGAAAGUGAAUCAGGAUAACGAAAAAAUGAUGGAAGAUUAUGAGAGCAUGGCUAGCGAUCUUUUGGACUGGAUACGUCGCUGGAUGCCAUGGCUAUCGAACAGAUCGUCGACAGAAUCACUGGAUGCAAUACGCAAGAAGCUGGAUGACUUCAGGAAUUAUCGUCGCCGCGAAAAACCACCAAGGGUGGAGGAAAAAGGAAAUUUGGAAACGCUCUUCAAUACAUUGCAAACGAGACUUCGUCUUAGCAACCGUCCGGCUUUCUUGCCAAAGGAGGGACACCUCAUUAAGGAUAUCAACGCUGCUUGGCGUGGCCUGGAAGAUUCCGAGAAAGGCUUCGAGGAAUGGCUUUUAAGCGAAAUGAUGAGACUGGAAAGACUGGAGCAUCUUGCCGAGAAAUUCCGUCGCAAGUGCGCGCUUUAUGAAGAAUGGGCGUACGGCAAAGAAGACGCCUUACGGUCAGCAGACUGGCGCUCCUGCGGGCUCUACAAAAUCAAAGCACUUCGCAAGCGCCAUGAGGCAUUCGAGAGCGAUCUGGGAGCGCAUCAGGACAGAGUGGAACAAAUUGCUGCAAUCGCUCGUGAGCUAAACAAUUUGAGAUAUCCGGAUAUCGGUCCAAUUAAUGCAAGAUGCCAGGCGGUUUGCGACCAGUGGGACCGUCUCGGAAGUCUUUCUCAGCAGCGGCGCAGACAACUGGAAGAAGCAGAGCAAGUGGCAGAACGCCUUGACAGGCUGUAUCUCGAUUUCGCUAAGCAAGUACAAGAAUUACUGGACGCACACAAUCGCUUUAAAUCAACAAUUUCCGAUGCUGACAGUGAAUUUAGAGCAAUCGUCGGUAUCGAACAGGAAAUAGGUCAGCUGAUUGAGCAGCACGGCUUAGACAGAGAACUGCUGAGAAAUCCGUACACUGAUCUGUCGGGCGCUGAUAUCCGUCGCAAAUGGCAAGAGGUGCAGCACUCAAUACCGAAACGUGAUGCACAGCUGCAAAACGAGUACCAUCGUCAACAAAAUAACGAACGUUUGCGGCAACUGUUUGCCGAGAAAGCGAACACAGUUGGCCCCUGGCUUGAGCGACAACUGGAGCAGGUUUUAGCGAUUGGACUGGGCGGACGAGGAAGCCUUGAAAGUGCCGUGUCGCAGCUAAAGUCCAUACAGCAGCAGACGUUCAAUUAUAAACCGAAUUUGGAAGAGCUGGAAAGAAUAAAUCAGGAGAUGCAAGAAAACUAUGUAUUCGAAAAUCGCGCUGCUCGUUACUCCAUGGAAUCAUUGCGUGUUGGUUGGGAAUCGCUAUUAACAUCCGUGAAUAGGACAAUCAACGAAUGCGAAAAUCAAAUUUUGAUGCGCGACAGUAAAGGAAUUAGCGAGGAGCAGCUGAAUGAGUAUCGUUCGUCAUUCAAUCAUUUCGACAAGGAUAGGCAAGGCCUUGAUCUUGAGCAGCUCAAAUCAUGCCUUAUUUCAAUCGGAUACAACAUUCGUCCAGGAAAAGAGGGCGACCAGGAUAUGGGUAGGAUAUUAUCAGUGUUGGAUCCAAAUCGUAUGGGAAGAAUACCAUUUGAUGCUUUCUUAGAUUUUAUGACUCGCGAAACAGCUGAUGCGGAUACUGCUGAACAGAUGAUCGAGUCGUUCAGGAUUCUUUCAGCUGGAAAGCCCUACAUAACGGCGGAUGAGAUUCGCCGGGAGCUGCCAGCGGAUCAGGCCGAAUACUGUAUCGAGAGGAUGCAUCGUUACCAGGCAGUGAACGCUCCACCGGGUUCCUACGACUAUGUUUCGUUCAGUAAAAGUUUGUACAGUCACUGA